GUUUCAAAUCAGCCUGGCGGAAAUUCGUAAUACGCUACUGACGUUUUGUCUGAAAAUAACUGCUUUGAAUUUACGUAUAUACAUUUUUUAGUUUUUGUUUGUUGAUUUUAACUUCAGACUUGAUCGACUUACAGCAGUUCUCACAUUUGACGGAACAAAAUGAAGAUAGUCAAGUUUGUUGUAAAGUGUGGGAAUUUCUUGGUGUUGGUGGAUCUUCAUAUUCUGCCUCAGGGUUCCAGUGAAGACACCAGCUGGUUUGCUGAGCAACACAAGGAGGAAAUUGGUAGAAUGCUUAAGGAUUCAAUAAAUCUAAGAGUUCAGGAACAUCUUGAAAACCGUCAUAAGUCAAACCACGCAAAGCCAAGUAAAGAAUUAACUCAGCUGAAUCCAUUGUUCAUAAAAGGAGAUCGAUUUCGCCUUGCUGCCUACUUUAUGAAGCGUCACAUCAGCCUCAGAUGCAUUGUGAAGGAAAGACUUAGAGAGCUUCGUGUGUUUCCAGAACGCUUCGUAGUGUGUGUAAGUCAAGGAAAGGAAUGGGGUAACAACUCAAGAAAGGAGAACUUGACAGAGGUGGCAGGUCCUGACAGUUGCCAAUCCAAAUACUUUGGGCAGACUGCAUGGAAAGACAAAGAGGAGUCGUAUUCUCUCAAGCAUGAAGAGGGUCCAUCAAGGAAUGUGUUGAAGCUGUCCAAGCACCAGGCAGACAACACACAGACCUCACCACCUCCAGCUGUGACCAAGGAAAGCCGCAGCGCUGGUAGGAAAGAAGCAAAGGAAUGCAUAAGAGGACUUCAAAGCUCUUUCCAGCUUCCUUUACUUGCACUGGGAAACAUCGCUGGCAGAGGAGAGCCGGCAGAAACCAAGGGCCAGAAACAACUGUGUCCUGCAGCGAGUGAGGCCUCCAGUCAGAGCUGUGAGUCAGCACUGCCACAAGUGCAGGAGAGGCCAGAGGGUUACGAAGGACAGAGAAAACGGAGAAGGCAGGGCUCGCAACAUGAGUCGCAGGAGAACGCCAACAAAGUGUUCUUUGGAGAUGUGCCAGAAACCCUCAGUGAGGUAGUAAUAAAAACAGAAUGCGCCAAGCCUAUAGAAGAAACAUUCCCGAGGAAGUGGCCAUCGGGCUCCGAGUGGUGCUCUAAACAGUUCGGCUCAGUGCAAACCACACUGGAGGAUGACUUGCUUACUUGGAGAAAAUCGCCUCCUAGAGCCAUCUUCCCAAAAAAUAACACAGAGCAGACAGCCCAAACCGAGCCGACCACAAGCAGAAAAGAGCGAUCUGUCAAGUCUGCGUCCUCUCCUGCUGACAAGAGCUCCACCGAUACAAGCAGCAAAGAGACGGCUAAAGUUGGGCCCAGAAAGUCCAAACUGCGCAGACUGAAAAAGGCUUGAAGAUGUCGUGUUUCGUGAUAAAGAAGAAAUCAAAAACAUGACCGGCUCUGCUCCAUGCAAAUAUUCGACACAUUUCAGCUAAUAAACCUUUAUAGUCUGGUGUGCCCGACAGGCUGAAAAAUAAAAAUAUAGAAGGCCCUUUCUUUAGGGAAAAUGUGGGUUGGAGCUGGAGACGCUGGCAGUCUUUAUUUCCCUUCUUGUUGUCAUCAGCUCCAGCGAAUGAGUUGUACAGUACGAACAUCGGCGCUUGAGGUGAGGUUUGGCCAGGGUGCCAGCUGCAUAGCAUUGCCAUUUUCUGAAUGUCUUUCAAUUCCUCGAAGACUUUUCUCCUGUAUAUGGAAGUAAUUGUGCGAUCCUGAGCCCACCCAGAAGUCGGUGGGCAAACUGUUGUAAAGGUGGGCCAAGUGUCACUGUUCAGGGUAUUGUAACGUGAUGAUUUUUUUUUUUUUUAAUUAAAAUUUUAUUAAGUCUC